AUGAGCGUGCUGCAGCAGGUGGUGGACUCGAUCCUGCAGUCCGGCCGGCAGGGCCGCAACCUGGACGGCUACGACGACGUGUACAGCGACCCCAACGUGCAGCACGCGCUCACCGCCGGCAACGACACGCAGGCGCGCCACUACAUCCGCGAGCGCCUCUGCAACCUGGGACUCAUGGCGUGCGACGACGUGGUGCCGAAGCGGCCGUACGUCGAGCCGCACGAGCUGAUCUACGCGCAACCCGUGGCCAUCAAGCCGGUGGGGCAUCCGAUCCCGGCGGUGCCGGUGCCGCCUAAGCCGCUGCCGCCGCCCGUCUACGAGCACGGCUUCGACGGCCCGGUGGCAUCGCUGCCGCCCCUGAGGCCGCCCACCAAGGGCCCCAUCGACGUGGUCGUCAACUCGCACAGCGGCGUGCAGCAGCACGUGCACCACCACUACCACCACGGCGAGGCGGGAGCCGCGAUCGUGAAGCCGGUGCCGCUGCUCGACCACCAGCCGGCCACCGGGCCCGCCUCCUUCUACGAGCCGGGCCACACCUACGGAACGAGCGCGCCGGGCGGUAACGGCCUGGGUUCGUCGUACGCGGGCAGCGGCGGCGGCAGCAGCGCCGCCUACGAGACGCCUCGCGCCGACGGCGGCUACUACACGCAGGACUGCGUGUGCGUGCCGCUGGAGCAGUGCCACGAUUUCGGCCGCAAGGAAGACGGCCUGCUGAUCGACCCGCGCAACCUGCCCUCCACGAUCGAGGCCAUCGACGACGGCGCCGUCUACGUCACUGACGCCAACGGCACUGUGGUGUCCGUGACGCGGCACGCCAAGAGGGACGGAGAGGCCUCCAACGCGACUGCCGCAGACGACCAGGAGACGGGCACGAGCAGCAGGCGGCGCCGGGACGCCGAAGAGAACAGCAACGUCCAGCCGCGCCUGCUAGGCGAAGACAGCAACGUCAAGCUGAAACCCACGUUCGGAGUGUCGUUCGGUCUGCCUCAGGGAGGAGGGGGAGGUUAUCCCUUGAACCCGUUCGGUCCCAACCCUGCCAUCAACCCUUACGGCGGCUCCGUCGGUGGUCCCGGAGGCAUCAACCUCGGGCUCGUCAGUGUGAACCCGCUAGUGUCCGUGCAGGUGACCAAAGACGAGUACGGAGACAAGGUGGUGAAGCCUCUGGUCAACCUGCACGUCACCCCCAACCCGGGCCUCGUCCACAAGCUGGGCAGCCUCCUGCACGGCGGCUUCCACAAGCCCGGCUACGGCCUCUUCCACAAGCCGGGAUUCCCCUCCUACGUUAAGCACGAUCACGAUCACCACCACCAUCACGUGCACGUUUCCAAGCCCGCACCCGUCUAUCACAAACCACAUUACUACUACCCGCCCAAGCCCUACUACCCGUACAAACCAGCGCAUUACUCGAAUGGCUACUAUCAGUCUGGGCCCAGCUAUUACGGCCAAAAUUACUACGACGCCUACCGCACGAACGACGACGAUGUGGAGGAAGGCAGUGACGAAAGCGGCCCUUACUACUCCGAGAGUGACGGCUACGCCCCGUCUGGAGGCUACAUUGACGACGAGGAGGACGCCUACUACGGCCGCAGCAGCCGCUCCAACAUCUCCGCAGGGCAGACCCGGGGCAGCGGCGUGGCCUUUCCCAGUGACAGACGCAGCUUCACCGAAGCCGACGACUACGACGACAAACAGGCGUUUGGCGGCCGGUGCGGCCCGCGGCUGGUGUGCUGCCGCCGGCCAUCGCAGCCCGCCUACCGCCCCUCGCAGGCCGGCCAGUGCGGGCGCAGGAACGCGCACGGCAUCAACGGACGCAUCAAGACACCCGUCUACGUCGACGGCGAGAGCGAGUUCGGCGAGUACCCAUGGCAGGUGGCCAUCUUGAAGAAGGAUUCCCAGGAGAGCGUCUACGUGUGCGGUGGCACCGUCAUCGAUGAGCUGCACAUCCUCACUGCCGCCCACUGCGUCAAGUCGUACUCGCCGUACGACCUGCGCGUGCGCGCGGGCGAGUGGGACGUGAACCACGACGUGGAGUUCUACCCGCACGUGGAGCGCGACGUGGCGCAGGUGCAGGUGCACCCCGAGUUCUACGCGGGCACGCUCUACAACGACCUGGCCGUGCUGCGCCUCGCCUCGCCGCUCGACCUGGCGCGGUCGCCGCACAUCUCGCCGGCCUGCCUGCCGCCGCCGGGCGCCGACUUCUCGGGCCAGCGCUGCUGGGCCACCGGCUGGGGCAAGGACGCCUUCGGCGACUACGGAAAAUACCAGAACAUACUCAAGGAGGUGGAGGUGCCCAUCCUGCCGUUCCACCAGUGCCAGUCGCUGCUCCAGCAGACCAGGCUCGGCUUCGACUUCCGCCUUCAUAACGGAUUCCUCUGUGCCGGAGGAGAAGAGGGCAAAGACGCCUGCAAGGGCGACGGCGGCGGCCCGCUGGUGUGCGAGCGCGGCGGCGUCUGGCACGUGGCCGGCGUCGUCAGCUGGGGCGUCGGCUGCGGCCAGCGGGGAGUCCCCGGCGUCUACGUCAACGUGGCGCGCUACAACGACUGGAUACGGCGCGCCACCGGCAAGUUCUGA